UCUUCUGAAAACUCGCUUCUAUUCUUGCUGGAAACUCACUCUCUCUCUCUCUCCCCUCCAAUGUUGAGAGAAAAUCUCAUUGUUGUGGGUUUCAUCACAGUCCUUGUUCUCAUCCACUUCACUCAACCAUGCUGGUGUAAACAGAAUCAUCCCUGUGACCCCUCUUCCUGCGGCAAUAUCCAUAACAUCAGUUACCCUUUCCGAUUGAAAGAUGAUCCCAAAAACUGUGGUAACCCCAAAUAUGAGCUUGCUUGUGAAAAUAAUGCUACAGUUUUAUACUUGGGUGACCAUAAACAUAAACGUAAAUACCUCGUUCAAUCUAUCAACUAUCCUAACCUCACAAUCCGCCUUGUUGAUUCUGCUGUACCAAAAAAGGAUAAUUGCUUCUUUCUUCCUCAGUAUUCUUUAACCGAAUACAACUUCACUUACAAAGAUCCAUAUAGCACUUUUAACCAAUUUGACCAACAGAAAAACAAGCCUGUAACUUUUCUGAAUUGCCCAUAUCCAGUAGAUUCUCCUCCCUACCUGGAGAUAGGACAGUGCAUCAAUGGAGUUUAUACUACAAACUCCUCUUUCUCCUCCUCUUCCAGAAUACACUCUUAUGUCAUUGUUAGCGGCUUGAUGGCAGCAGAAGUGAGAGAGAGGUGCAGUAUAGCGCUAAUGGUGAUGACCUCGUGGGCGUUUAAGGAUAAUAAUAAUAUCUCUUUUUCAGACAUCUACGACGCCAUGGAAUAUGGGUUUGAGCUUUCAUGGUUCAAAACAGAGGUUUAUUAUUGCUCCAUUCUUGGACUGUAUUUCGAUGGAUCCACCAAGUGCGGCACCAAAGAAUUCUUUCUGGCCAUCUGUUUCUAUAUCCGGAGAGCCAUUAUAUUGGGCAUAGGACUGCACAUUGCAGCAAAAUUUCUGAUUGGGUUACCAAGCAUUUUUGUGUUCAUAAUCUAUAAACUGCGAAGAAGGCAUUUGUCGAUGUUUGAUGCAAUUGAAAGGUUUCUACAAAGUCAUAAUAACCUCAUGCCCAUUAGGUACUCCUAUUCAGAGGUUAAAAAGAUGACAAAAGGCUUCAAGGACAAAUUGGGUGAAGGGGGUUAUGGUACUGUGUAUAAAGGAAAGCUUCGAAGUGGCCGGUUUGCGGCAGUAAAGAUAUUGGGUAAAUCCAAAGCUAAUGGGCAAGAAUUCAUCAAUGAAGUUGCUUCGAUUGGAAGGAUUCAUCAUGUCAACGUGGUGCAGCUAAUUGGAUACUGUGCCGAGAGAUCCAAGCGUGCUCUUGUAUAUGAAUUCAUGCCAAAUGGUUCACUAGAGAAGUACAUCUUUCCUCGAGAAGGAAGUACCUCCCUGAGCUGGGAGAGGAAGUAUGAGAUUGCACUUGGUGUGGCUCGUGGAAUUGAAUACUUGCACCGAGGCUGUGAUAUUCAGAUUCUUCAUUUCGAUAUCAAGCCACACAACAUUCUUCUAGAUGAUAACUUCAUCCCAAAAGUCUCCGACUUUGGGCUAGCCAAAUUGUAUCCAACUGAUAACAGCAUUGUGAAUCUAACCAAAGCUCGAGGAACAAUAGGUUAUGUAGCUCCAGAAUUGAUCAACAGAAGCAUUGGAGGUGUCUCAUAUAAGGCUGAUGUUUACAGCUUUGGAAUGUUGUUGAUGGACAUGGUAGGAUUAAAGACAAAUUUGAUGCCUACUGAAGAGAAUUCUACCCAAUACUUUCCAUUCUGGAUUUUCGAUCGGUUCAAUAAAGGCAAGGAAAUUGAAAUGGAAGAAGCAACUGAUGAUGAAAACAAAAUCACUAGGAAGAUGACCUUGGUUUCAUUAUGGUGCAUCCAGACAAAUCCCAUCAACCGUCCCUCAAUGAGAAAGGUAGUGGAGAUGCUAGAAGGUGAAGUUGAACAUUUGCAAAUGCCUCCUGAUCCUUGUCAAACUCCUGAAGAUACAUCACUUGAGCAAGCAUUCAGUGGAGAGUCUACAAAGUCGAUGGCUUUGUUGUGUAAUUCUUCUAGUUACAUCAACUCCUUAGAUGUGGUUAUAGAUUGAAAAACUGAUAUUUUAAUUACAAAUCACACUACAGUGCUAGGUUAAUUCACAAGUUAAUAUAUAUGUUGAAACCCUCUUCUAGUCAUGCAUAAAUACAUCAAUGGCCCCAUAAUCUCAAUCGCAGAUAUAUAAGUGUCUCAAGAAGUUUAGCAAUUCAAAACUUUUGGCAAAUCGCUUCUACUAAGUUUCCCAACAGUAGCUUAGCUUAGUAGUUUAACUCUUCCUACUGGCGUGGCGCUGCUAAGACCCUUCAUACCAUAACAGAUCAAAAAAAAAUUGUAUGGAAUGCUUGGCUAGAUUUUAUUAUGAAUAGAGAAUCAAAACCCUAUCAUAUGGUUCAUCUUCAGUAGAAUAGGGUACUAAAAUUAUGUUGACUCAAUCAUCCUUGAUUGCUAAAAUUUGAAAAAACAAAAAACAAAAUUCAGUCUAAAAUGAUCUGAACUUCAAUUGAAUUGAGUCAUGUUUCUUGAACCUAACGAUGAUUCUAAACAAAGAUUGAAUCAUAAGGAGAUGGAGAUAGAGUACACAGAUGCAAAGAGGAGAUUGAAAUAUGAC